AUGAAUCAGAAUCAACAUAUUAAAACAAUUGUCCACAAGCAGUCGGAUCAAGCAUGUAUUGAUUAUCGCACUCGUUUGAAUGCAUCAAUUGAUUGCAUUCACAUUUUAUUGCGACAAGGUCUUGCUUUUCACGGUCAAGAUGAAAGUGAAGAUUCAAGCAAUAAGGGUAAUUUUCUUGAGCUUUUGAAGUUUCUUGCAGAUCAUAAUGAGGGUAUUAAAGAUGUGGUGUUUAAAAAUGCUCCCGAAAAUCUCAAGUUAACAUCACCUGAAAUUCAAAAAGAUCUUGUGUAUGCAGCAACAUGUGAAACCACUAAUGCUAUCAUGUUUGAUAUUGGUGAUGAUGUUUUCUUUUUUGUUUUGGUUGAUGAAUCGCGUGAUAUAUCAGUCAAGGAGCAAAUGGCAGUUGUACUUCGCUAUGUGAAUACCAACGGACAAGUAGUUGAAAGAUUUAUGGGCAUAAAGCAUAUUCGUAAUACCACUGUUUUUUCACUUAAAGAGGCAAUUGAUCAGUUUUUCUCUAUAAAUGGAUUAAGCAUAUCUAGAUUGCAAGGACAAGAUUAUGAUGGGGCUGGCAAUAUGCAAGGGGAGUUUAAUGGCCUUAAGACACUUAUUUUGAAAGAAAAUGAAAGUGCAUUUUAUAUUCAUUGCUUUGCACAUCAACUUCAACUUGCUCUUGUAGCCGUGUCAAAAAAUCAUACUCAAAUUGGCUUUUUUUUCUGCUUGGUUAAUAAUGUUGUUACUAUUGUUGGAGCAUCAUGUAAACGUCAAGACAUGGUUAGAGAAAGACAACAAGCCAAAGUUAUGGAAGCUAUUCAAAAUUAUGAGCUUCCAAGUGGGCAAGGCUUGAACCAAGAAACUUGUCUUAAACGUGCAAGUGAUACACGUUGGGGCUCACACUAUAGUACCUUGGUAAGCUUGAUUAAUAUGUUCUCUUUUGUAAUUGAGGUGCUUGAGAUGAUUGUAGAUGAUGGUGUAAGUCUUGAUCAAAGAGGUGAAGCAGAUAUUUUGUUGAAUCUUUUGCAAUGA